UCCAAUAAAGCUCGAACCAAUGAGAGAGUACGACCCCUCCUCCUCCCUUCUAUAAAUACCCGCUCUAGACAUUUUGAAUCAGUUUAAAAAACCACAAGAUAUGGAGGGAACGCGUUCAAAUAUCAAAUCUGGCGACCUACUGAAGAAGAUCAAAGGGAUAACUCGAUCGAUUCUCGAAGAUAUAUGCACCGGACGAUCGCCGUCGCUUUACAUCGAUCGUUUCAGGAAUUACUGCACCGACGCUACUGGAAACUGUUUUUGCAGCUUUGAUUUGUCCAUUGGAAAGGAAAUUCUCAUACUACAGAGGGAAUGCCAUGCACGUAGGCUGGAUGUCUUGCUAAGAGUGCUAUUGGCUGUUCAGCAACUUCUGCAGGGAAACAGGCACGGGUCAAAAAGAGAUAUAUAUUACAUGCAUCCUUCUGUAUUUCAAGAACAGUCAGUUGUAGACCGAGCAAUCAAUGACAUAUGCAUCCUUCUGCACUGCAGUCGCCACAACCUAAAUGUGGUAUCUGUUGGAACUGGAUUGGUGAUGGGCUGGUUGAGAUUCAUAGAAGCUGGAAGGAAAUUUGAUUGCAUUAGUAGUCUUAAUACUGCUCAACCUGUUCCUGUACAUGUUGAAGAAGUCAAAGAUAUAGUUAGUGUUGCACAUUACAUACUUGUUGUGGAGAAGGAAUCAGUGUUCCAGCGAUUAGCAAAUGAUCAGUUCUGCAACAAAAACCGCUGCAUCGUGAUCACAGGAAGAGGAUAUCCUGAUGUCCCCACAAGAAGGUUUUUACGGCUUCUUAUGGAAAAGCUGAGUCUGCCUGCCUAUUGCUUGGUGGAUUGUGAUCCAUAUGGCUUUGACAUCUUGACUACAUACCGUUUUGGUUCUAUGCAAAUGGCCUACGAUGCAAAAUAUCUACGGAUGCCUGAGAUACAUUGGCUUGGAGUUUUUCCUUCAGAUUCUGAGAAGUAUGGGCUUCCACAGCAGUGUCUCCUUCCUUUGACAGCAGAAGAUAAGUCGAGAAUUGAAGCGAUGUUGCUAAGAUGUUACCUGCAGCGAGAAGUGCCUUAUUGGAGGUCGGAAAUGGAGCUGUUGCUGCAGAGAGGUGUGAAAUUUGAGAUCGAAGCAUUAUCUGUGCAUUCACUUUCCUUCUUAUCAGACGAGUACAUACCAUCUAAGAUUCAAGGCAAUCUACACAAUGUUACCGAGUGACAUACUUUUGGAACAAUAAGGAAAUCUUGUAAAAACAGGGUUGUGUUCUUAAAGUGAACGUCGAUUGUGAAACAUGCAAGAUGAAGCUGUAUGAAGUGCUGCGUUCCAUUUCCGGAGUGUAUUCUGUGACAAUAGAUGCAGAGGAAGGCCUGGCAAAGAUAUCGGGAGAGGUGGACCCAAACAUACUUCUUCAGGCCGUAGGGACAUCCGGUAAACACGCAGAACUCAAGUGGGUUCAGCUCAAUAGUCCCAUGGUACCAAACCGAUCCCAACACUAUCGCGAUGAAAUGGAUAAACCAUACUGUCCAUAUGCCAUCAGUUAUGGUCAGUAUCACGGAUAUGGCCGGGCGAUAGAGCAACCACACUGGGGAAGAAGGGGAUUGCCCGAAGCCGAAGGCAGCCUGUGGUGCAACACCCAUUCGACGUACUGCCUGCCGCCACUGCCAGAAUAUUCCUACAAUUACAGCUCCAUCUCCUUUUAUCCGCCGCCCCAGGGCGCUCAUUAUUCUUGAACCUUACACAGUGGCAUGUACCCCUGAGAAUGACACCUUUUUUCUUUUCUAUUUUUGAUUGUUUAAGCUGAACAUGGCUCGUGUUUUUUUUCAUAAAGCCACGAGGAAU